AUUUCAGCAGCUUUUCAGGAAAAAACCUGUAAUUUCUGCAUUUGUCGAUUUCAUUACUGUAACAGUUUCCGAGAACGACCAACAGGACGGCAUCUUACCUGCUGUAGACAUCAUGCAUAAGGUUUUCUCCCGAUUCAAUGGCCCAUGUUUGGAUCGGGUAAAAUACUCCUACAAUGUCUUUACUGGCUUGGCCAAAUUCCAUCGGCCUAGUGGUGCAUUAUUUAAAAAGUCUGCAGUGAAACACCCACCCCCUGACCUCCCUGAGAUGCCCCCAUGUAGCUUUAAUCCAGAAGAAUACAAGGACAUGUCCAAAGAGCGUAUGAUGGAGAUUCGGAGGCAGAACUGCAACCCAAUGACCAUGAAAGUGACCUACUACAAGAAGCCAGUGUACAUUCACCAGGGACACAUGCAGUGGCUGUGGGACGUGGACGGGAGGCGCUACCUGGACCUGUUCGCUGGCGUUGCCACUGUCAGCGUGGGGCACUGCCACCCAAAGGUGACGGCGGCGGCAGAGAAGCAGCUGAGAAAGCUGUGGCACACGACUAACAUCUACGUGUAUUCCCCUCUGCAUGAGUACACCGAGAAGCUAGCUGCCACCCUGCCGGACCCGCUGAAGGUUAUCUACCUGACAAACAGUGGCUCUGAGGCCAACGACCUGGCUAUGCUCAUGGCGAGGCUACACACAGGAAACUUUGACGUCAUCACACUGAGGGGGUCCUACCAUGGUGGCAGUCCACAUACUAUGGGUCUCACCUCCAAUGCAGCCUAUAAGUAUCCUGUUGCCUCUGGGUUAGGCUGCCACAAUACCAUGUGUCCUGAUGUAUUUGCUGGCCCAUGGGGAGGAAGCAACUGUAGAGACUCCCCAAUCCAGACCAUUAGGGACUGUAGCUGUCCUCAAGGAUCAUGUACCGCGAAUGACAAAUACAUUGGGCAGCUGAACGAGGUCUUUGCCACCAGCGUUCCCAGUCGUAUCGCUGCGUUCUUCGCUGAACCUAUUAUGGGAGUUGGAGGAGCUGUCCAAUACCCCAAGAACUUCCUCAAGGACACCUACAAACUUGUGAGGGAGAGAGGUGGGGUCUGCAUUGCAGAUGAGGUCCAGACAGGGUUUGGCCGCACAGGAAGUCACUUCUGGGGGUUCCAAGGUCAUGAUGUCAUACCUGACAUGGUCACCAUGGCAAAGGGUAUCGCUAAUGGAUUUCCUAUGGGAGCGGUUGUCACGACACCUGAGGUGGCCGCGUCAUUUGCUAAGGGAGUUCACUUCAACACGUUCGGUGGUAAUCCUGUGGCAUGUGCUAUCGCCUCAUCUGUUCUGGAUACCAUGGAGGAGGACGGCACGCAGCAGAUCAGCCACAACGUGGGGACUUAUCUGCUGACAGAGCUGGCCAAGAUGAGGGACAAGUAUGAGAUCAUUGGGGAUGUCCGAGGGAAGGGACUGCAGAUUGGAGUGGAGAUGGUGAAAGAUAAGGCGAGCCGCAAACCUCUCCCACCAGCAGCCAUGAGCGAGAUUUUCGAAGACACCAAAGACAUGGGUGUUCUGAUUGGGAAGGGAGGAGUAUAUGGACAGACGUUCCGGAUCAAGCCCCCUAUGUGUAUCACCAGGGGCGAUGCAGACUUCUUCUUGGCUGUGUUUAACCAGGCUCUACACAACUACAUGGAAUAUCAUCAUUAGGCCUGGCUUUCACCUGGUCACUUCUUUCAGAUAGAUCAAAGGAGGAGUACAGAUUUUAGGCAAUUGAGAAAAAGACAGGCACUUCAAUCACCAUUCAUGCAUGUGCAAAUGAAAGACGCUAGAGUACCCUCAUCUCUCCCACAUGAUGCGAGACAUCAACGAUCAAGAGCCCUACGUACAACAUGCACGAAGAUGGCGUUUGAGGUAGCCUGGACCCAGGUCUGUUUUGUCUUGCAUCACCACGAUCAUAGGAGUUGGGUUUUACAGCACCAACAGAUCUGGGACCAGGCUAGCGUUGGGUGUCAGUCCACUGGAGAUGAGCCUUAACCAGAUUUAGAUAUGACACCAUGCUUUGUGUUGUUCAAAUUGACGACAUGUCGACACUGGCUGGAAUGCAGUUUUAACCAAUCAGCAUUCAGGAUUAGACUCACCUGUUGUGUAAUGUUCAAAUU